AUGACAAUGUCCCCAAACUCCUUCCUGCGAAGUGUAGCUCUGCUCGCUUUUGCACGCAACAUCAACGCUGUCCCCGUGGUCUCUGAGGCCCUCACAACAGUCUCUUCUGCCGGAGUCGUGCCUUCAGCUAUUCCCUACAGCGACGUCACUUCCCACGGCCCCUACAAGGGAACGCCCACCACCACCACUGGUGCUGUGUCGACGACAAUUCUAGCUUCGGCCAUUGCUCCUGCACCUCCUCCUCCGGGCUCUUAUGACUACCCUGCCAAUGGCAAGCUCAACGCUCCCCAGCCUGCGCCCUACACUCCCGACGGUGGAGUAGGCACAAACGGUUCUGCGCCUGUGUACCGCGUGCAGAGCGACUUUGACUACCAGUCUCUUGCGCUUGCGCUGUACCAGGAGUGGAUUGAGCUUGAUCUCUUCCGCUGGGGUCUAGCCACCUUCUCCAAGGAGGAGUUUGACGCGUACGGCAUCAACGAGGAAGACCGCUUCCUUAUUGAGUACAUGGCUCGUCAGGAGAUUGGCCAUGCUACUGUCAUCAGCCACAUGCUCGGCCCCGAGGCUCCUAAGCAAUGCACGUACAACUACCCCGUGUCCAACGUCCCCGAGUUCAUCGACUUCAACCAAAAGCUCACCCGCUGGGGUGAGUCCGGCGUCUACGGCUUCCUGCCCCAUCUCAACUCCGGCCCUGCUGCACAGCUGUUGUUGCAGAGCAUCACCAUCGAGGCUCGCCAGCAGAUGAUCUUCCGCCAGUUCGGUGGUACCUUUGCCAUGCCUGAGUGGCACACACCCGGUAUCCCUCAGAGCUGGGCCUGGACUCUUCUGGCUCCUUACAUCUCCAGCUGUCCUGCCGACCAGACCCGCCUUGUGUGGCAGAACUUCCCCUCGCUGAACAUCCUCAACCAGCCCAACCCUGCCCGCAUCAACGGCUCGGCUGUCUGGAACGAGACUACCGGUGGAUACGCCAACACCCUGUCUACCAAGGAUAUCAAGAAGGAUGAGCUCUGUGUCAACGCGACCGAUAAGGCCAUGGACUGCAAGGCGGCCAUCACCCAGAACCGCACCAUCCCUCUGUCCUACCCCGGCCGCCAGGUUUUCCUAAACUGGGACGCGCCCGGCAUGGCCGUUGGCCCCAACAACAGCUAUAUCACCUCGACCAACGUCAAGGUGCCCAAGUUCGCCGCCUGGGUCUCUCAGCUCAACGUCACAUACUCGCCUCUCCAGAACAUCAGCAUCGAGGACAGGACUGCUUACACCAUUCAGCCUAAUGUUUCUACCUGGGCUGGUGACCCUGCCAUUAACGGAACUAUGUUCCUUGCUCUGACAGACGUUGAUCUGUUUGUUACGCCUUAUAACUUGACUAUGAUCAAUCCGCAUGUCGCUGCCCUGGCUGUUUACCAGGCUGGCUAA